AGUUCCUUUAGUUAGCGUGCACAUCAAACCCACAGCCAGACGGAAUUCUCACUGCACAGACGCAAGACCAUGAAGCUUCUCCUGUUAGUGUGUCUCCUGACCUACAGCUCCACAGGCACAGCUCAGACCGAGACUCUACAUGUGAGGCAGACAGAGGGAAACACCGCCGUCCUUCGCUGUGGACGACUAACUAAAGGCCCAGUGACCUGGAGCAGAGACACCAAUGGACAGAGAGUGGACAUUCUGACCACUCAUAAUGGAGAGAUGACCAAACACAUCGCUGAUCCAGACAGACGUUACAACUCACAAGCAGAUCUAGUGCUGAUUAUACGCAGAGUCUCUCAGUCAGACGCUGGUAGAUACGACUGCAGUGGAGCUACAGUGGAGCUCAGUGUGACUGAAGGCCCAAGCAGCUUUACCACAUCCACAACUACUACAGAAGCUGCAGCAACAACACCUGCACCAACAACACCACCAACAACAACAACUGCACCCACAAGUGAAAGAAGAGCUACACCUGAAACGACAAGAACUACUAAAGCUUCAUCUGGAGGAACAACUCAAGGUUCAAGCAGCAAGGAAGAGCCGCCGCUCAUCACUGCUGAAACAGCUGUUCUAUGGAAAGUCCUGAUCAUAGCAGUGAGCUGUCUGGUUGUUGUGGCGCUGGCUCUGUUCUCAUGGAGAAGGUUCUACAAAAGGAAAGCAGCGCAUCUUGUUACAAGGUCAGGAGAAUUUCUAUUACUCUAUUGAAGACAACACACCAACCACACGACCUGCAAGUGACCAACAAAGAGCAAAGGAACCCAUCUACUACCUGGCAACCUUUCCAGGGGUCCAGAUCACAGACACCCAGCAGAACAUGUAUGAGGCCAAAUAACAACUCCGUAUACCCCCCACCCCCCACCACCACCACCACCAAAGGAACAAGCUGAACAGCUAUAGGCCAAAACCCAGAAGCCAACAGAAUAAACUCUGGACUUUGCUCUCACUCCUUUACUGCAUCACGGCCUCCUGUUGUAUUAUAUUGUUCUGUUGACUGUCUGGUUGUUACUUUCAGACUUAUUGCAGAGGCUACAGAGCUGUGUAAAAUAACACACAGUACACUUAAAGGACUUCAUCAGUGGGCAAAAAACUGUUUCCUGCCACGUCUAUUAACGUUCAGAAGGUCAACUCUUUUACCUGGUUUAAUUCAUUAUUUUAAACCAGAUGUUAUUUGUCUGUAUAAGCGCCAAACCCAACUCACCUCGUCAGCCAACUAUCGGUAGAACCAGCUGGAAAAGUUAGUCAUACAAGGAACCUGUAGAAUUUCACAACUUUUUUAAGAGGGUUUGUAGAGGAUUUGGCCACCCAAAUAAAUGUACAUCUUUAAUUUAA